AUGAUGACCAUGUUCGGGACCCUCGUCCAGAGGCUCACCUCCCCGGUGACCUCGCCGACGAGUCCGCGGCGUCGUUUCAAAUCGCCGUCGCGUUGGGAGGUGCAAAGCGAUCCCGAGGACGAUCCGGCUGCACCGGUUAGGAAGUCCAGGGCGAAACAUCUAUUGGACAAGCGCAAGAGCAAGAGCAGGGCGCGAGCGUUGAACGUGCACGCUGAACAAGUGCAGAUAUGCAAUUCCGGAUGGCACGACACCGCGUUUCCGCCACUUCGGGGCACCAAAAGUCUCGGCAGGCUCGACGGAAUGAAGGAGGUCCAGAGGCUGGCCGAAUACGAGAGGUACCUGGGCCAGGAAGCAAGGAACCUAGUGGAGAACGGAAACGGAAGCGUCGGCAGCGGCGCCGUUCUCCAGCGCGGUCAGCUCGAAGGCGAUCUCCAUCGUAUUCAAGAGCUCUUUCCUGGAGACAACCUCCGGCUACACGAACGAGAUGUCCUCACCACGAAAAUGAAGAGUCUGAUCCGUAAGAGGAACGGCGGUAAUCCUGGAAGGCUUACGAGAGUGUUGUCGCAGAAGUCGUUGAACGUGUCCAGCAAUUCCCCGGCACCGAAAUCGCCGCCUAGGACGUUCCUCUUGGAGACUCCGGUACAGUUUACCACGGGUGUGCAAUCUCAAGACAGACACCUCUUCCUCUUCUCCGACCUGCUGCUCAUAGCAAAAGCCCGCAGCGGUGGUAACUUCAAGCUGAAGCAAUCCGUAAGAAUGAGCGAGCUAUGGCUGACAGCUGGCCACAUAGAGGAUGUAGCUGAAACAAGUAAAUCUCAAGAAACUAGCUUCGUCCUUGGUUGGCCCACUACGAACGUCGUGGCCACUUUUAUGACCGCUGCAGCGAGGGAUCUCUGGUGGGGACGUCUGACCGAACUCGUACGAGAGGAGAGUAUGAAGGAGCCGCCGGACACGAACAUUCAAGUCGUGUAUCACGACAGUGACACGAACACGGAAUACAGCAAGACUAUUAUGGUCGGGUCCGAGAUGACGGCGGCUGCUUGCGUGAAUUUGGCUACCAGACUGUUAGAUCUGCAGGGACCUUUCCAAUUGUGGGCUAGAACGUCCGCAGACGAGGCGCCGUAUCCUCUGAUCGGUCAUGAAAGACCGUUUGCUGUUAAACUGUCCAAUUUGAGACACACCUUGUCCGCGGAAGAGGGUUUCGACUUGGAGCAUUGUAACAAGAGCGGUCACGACACGUGUCAUUUCAUCCUGAGGCCUGUGCCCAAGUCACCUGUGAAGAAGAACAAGUCGAAGAUCACUGGUUUACUCAGGAGAUCGCUCUCCUUGAAUCCUAGCCUGUUCGGUGUGAAUUUAUCUAGGUUAGACGAGAACGGAUUACCGAAACCUGUGUUGGUGAUGCUGCAGCAACUGUUCGCCAAAGGACCGUUCACACAGGGCAUCUUUCGAAAAUCGGCGAACGUCAGAAUCGUGAGGGAAUUGAGAGACCAGAUAGAAUCCACGGGAGAUCCUAGCUGCUUGGAGGAUGCUCCUAUCAUAGCGGUGGCAGCUCUGCUUAAAGAUUUUCUCAGAUCUUUACCGGACCCACUGCUAACUUCCCACUUGUUCCCACUCUGGAUGGACAGCUUGGACACGCCGAAUCCUGUUCAGACAAUCAAAAAUAUCCUAGAUAGAUUGCCUAAAGCGAAUUACACCCUGCUGUCGCACUUGAUCUGCGUUCUCCAUCACGUGGCUCGACGGUCGAAGCACAACCUGAUGUGCGCUAGUAAUCUUGGCGUGUGCUGCGGGCCAAGUUUACUCUGGUCGCCUAAUCCGUCGGUGAACCAGAGCAGGGCGAUUCCUGCGUUAACAGAAAUGCUGAUUCGUCACUGCGAGGUCCUCUUUGGCGAGGGCGUGACGCAGCUUCUCGGGGAAGAGCGCAGCGACAGCGGAGCUGAAGAGAGCACCGAUAGCCUUCACUCAGGUGGGCUUUCCCUCGACAGCCUGGACCUGACGGAACCACCGCGAAAAGACCACAUGUCUCUCUCGAGAGAUUCCGGUCUGACCCUGUCGGACUGUCAGCUGUUCAUUCCAGAGUCACCAGUGGGCUCCGAGGAUUCCGCCGUGAACGCCUCGUCGUCUAGCUUCGACAAAUCCCUGACCAAGGAGGAGAAGUCCACCAGUAAAUCUUACAUUCGCGUGUACGGCGGCUGGGAGGAGAGAAUAAACGUGUACACGUCUAACAAUCACCAUACCAGCGCCGUGGAUCAUAGUUUCAGAGAAGAGAAGAACAACAUAGGUUAUCCAAAUCCGAACUUCCAAAGGCAAGAUUGGCUGAGGGCACAGCUGAAGAGGACACCGCGUACGAAACUCGACGAGCACGAUCAUCGUAAAGAGAGGUUCGACGAGAAGGAUAUAUACGCCAGGGAGUAUCUCAGGCAGGAUUCGAUGAAGGAGAACGUAGAGAAUUGCAAGGACAUCUACAGGAACUCGCAGCUGGACAUAUCGCGGGAUCUUCGGUCGGAGUACGAGCGUGCCACGCAGCAGGACAUCUGUACGGAACGGGUCUCGAUUCACAAUUCGGAGCAGGACCUUACCGGUGACAACGAGUUCAAGAAGGUGAAGUCGGAGAUGUAUGUUAAUCGCGAGUCACCGGUCUCGCAGAACGGUAGCUACCAUUCGGGCAGCGAUCUCUACGAGUUCAAGAAGGUGAAGAGCGAGAUCUACGUGAACAAAGAGACGACGCGUACGGAACGAUACGAGUCCGAGAGCAGUAUCUAUGGGAAUAGGGAUAGAACGAGCGAGAUAUACGGUUCGAGGGAGAGGAACGAUUUGUACUCGUUCAAACAGGCGGAGGCGAUCGAUCUGUACGGCGACGAGGACGAGGAAGAGGAGAGAACGUGGCCAGAUACACCGCCUCCGCUACCGCCGCGAUUGAGGCAUCUGCCACCGGUGCAUAUGAAUCUCGAGGACAGGCACAAAGUGGCGGGAAGGUCAAGAUCUCUUCCGCCACCGCCUCCGUAUCGUCCGCCUCCUCAACCUCGCGCCUCCGUUACCACUAGACACCUGGGAUAUGGAAGAUCUGUCGUCGACGACGAGAGCUACGUCUAACGCGGCCGCGAAAGUAGAGAGACCAGCCACGAACGCGUGUAUAUGUGUAUGUGUAUGUGUGCACCUCGAGAGAAUCAAAGAAGCGAAAAGUCGCUGGUCGAGAUCGUCACGGAUGCACGUUUGGUGUAUACUCGUGUAUCCGUGUGUGGUUUCGUCACGACGACUGAAACUAGUCCAAAAAAAUGGAACGAUAUCGGGGAACAAUUAGCGAUGUGUAUUAUAUCUAAUAAUUACAUUACGGUGGUUACAUCGAGGGGAACUUCAUCCGUUCGUUUCGUUUAAUUCGUGUAAAUCCACGGUAGGAUCGGGAGAGUAUAAUUACAGCACUGCCUUCUUAACUGCGGCUUCCGUUAUUCUCGCUCGCACGCUCGAUGCUUCUCACUCUCUAACU